ACAUGAUUUGCAAUUUGCUAUAAUUGUGCAGCAGUAUUUUAAAAUCUAUUCAAAAUGUUUCAGUUUGGAUUCAACAUGUUUCAUGAAAUUACACGACCUUUUAACAUGAAUUAUCGAUGUUAUUCAGUAUCAAUGCUACCUGGAAAUGAAAGGCAAGACGUGGAAAGAGGAGGAAAAAUUAUAAUGCCACCAUCAGCAUUGGAAAUGCUAACCAGGUUAAGCAUUGAGUACCCAAUGAUAUUUAAACUGACAAACAGGAAAACUAAUAGAGUCACACAUUGUGGUGUCUUGGAAUUUGUUGCGGAUGAAGGAAAAGUUUACCUACCACAUUGGAUGAUGGCUAACCUGGUACUUGAAGAAGGUACAUUACUUCAGAUUGAAAGUGUCUCACUACCGGUGGCAACAUUUUCUAAAUUCCAGCCAUUAUCUGAAGAUUUCUUGGAUAUCACGAAUCCUAAAGCAGUUCUAGAAAACUGCCUAAGGAACUUCUCUUGUCUAACAACAGGUGAUGUGAUUGCCAUCAAGUAUAACUCCAAAGUAUAUGAAUUGUGUGUAUUAGAAACUAAACCUGGCAAUGCUGUAAUAAUUAUUGAAUGUGACAUGAAUGUUGAAUUUGCACCUCCUGUUGGUUACAAAGAAGAGGAACACAUCCCAAAAAAUGCAGGUGGUAAUUCUGGUGUCAGUAUGGAUGAGGACCCAGCUGUGAUUAUGCCGGAGCCCAGUGGUUUUGUAGCCUUCAGUGGUGAAGGCAACAGGCUCGAUGGAAAGAAGAAGAAACUUACUAGUGAGAGUGAAUCGGAGUCACAGAGCUCGCAGGCCAGACAGUCUUAUGUGCGUGGGAUUCCUGAUUAUGAGUGGACUGUUGGUACGUUAAGAUUUAUAAGAAAUUCGCGACCACCAAGUGCCAAAGAAGAGGCACCCACAGAACCAUUUGAGGCAUUCAAAGGCGAAGGUUUCACUCUACGCACUGCGAAAUCCAAGAACUAAGUCACCUAUGAUAAAUAAAUAGCUCCUUGUUUUCCUAUUUUUAUAAAGUUUCCAUAAAAUUAUUAACACUUCAGUGGUGUAUGCUUAUUCCAUUUCUUUUAGUUGAAAUAGUUUAAUUAUAUAUAAGUUUCUAAAUUAAGUUGUGCAUCGUCAUAGAUUUAGCAUAUUGAUUAA